AUGCCGGUCUGCAUCCACUGUGCAACACCUAUCGAAUCGCUCUACAUGCGAUAUGGCAAAGACCACAUAGUUCUUUCCCCCUGCUCGUCCUCAAUCUGCUCACCCACACCAGCUUGCACCUCCACUUGUUCCACUUCGCCUUCUGAUACCGCUACUGCCACUGGUCCCGCUGCUGGUUCAGCAUCAGCAGCAAUUCUAGCCGACGAAUAUCUGGAACACGAUCUGCCUAUCGUCAUCAUCGACCUUCUUCUUGCAAAGUCGCAGGCUUAUCGUCAUUUGCUGUUCAACAGGAGCUCCAUUUUCAACCCCACACCUGAUCAAGCGGCUAAAACAACAGGACAAGCUCCCAAGAAGCUGAAAUGGGGACAUGUAUUUGCUGUACUCAAGAGGUUCGUAGCACUGUGCCUGGUGGAUGCAUACAUUCGUUGGUUUUACCUAUGCGUACAUCCGUCGCUACCGCCGGCGGGUGGGGCGGAGCUGACGAAAAACCGAGCGGCCAACGUGAUGGAGAGGAUGCAGAGAUGGGUGCCGAUGCAAGCGGGUAUGUUUUUCGCGUCGGUGUUCACCGCACGUUCGGAGCAUGCUGAAAGGGAAAUGGGUGCGGUUGGUGUUGUAUGUAGCGCAGCUCCACUGUGGCUCUCUAACAGCGCAUCGGUGAGACUGGCAAUGUCAAGCGAUGUCAUGGUGCCAACAUUGAUCUCGUACAUCAACGUGUUGAUGCUGACAAUAAUCGAAGCUUCAGUGUUGCAUUUUUGCGUUGCACUGCUCACGCAUCUCACGAUUCGAUACCUUCUAUCGACGCAAUCACCAACCUCAUCCAAGCCGACAAAGAGCAGCGCAAAGCCACCUCUUGCUCUUGACUCGCACCUUGCCGACCCGCUCCUCCCCACACAAGCCCUUCUGCUAUCCCAACUGUCUCCGCUGAUUCUCCUGCUCUUCGUCCUCUUAUGGAACACCAAAUUCCCACGACCAACCACCCCAACCUGGUCCACUUCAUCAGACACAUCCGCAUUCAGUAAACGUCGCAUCGUCUGGAUCAUCCGUACAUUCCUGGCUAGCCUCAACGCAGGCGUCGCCUUAGCUACCUGUCUCCCAUCCACCGCUGCGCACAAGCGAAAGACGUGCAUACACACUUUAGCCCCCGCCGCAAUCUUGGCCGCCGCUUGGAGUGCACAGGCUCUCAUAAGCGCUUGGUUGUAUACCUGCUUAGAGUGA